AUGGGGCCAAUGAACAUUUUCAACUCGAUACGUCAGCUUUCCUUGGGGCACUUGAAACCAAUGGAAGGGGCAGUCAAAAGUUAUAAGAGACUUGGUAGAGGUCCAGCCAGUAAAGGGGGGAAAUCAGGAAGAGGUCAAAAGGGUCAAAAAGCCCGAGGAUCGGUCCCCAGGUUAUUCGAAGGGGGUCAAACACCAAUGUGGAAGAAGUUACCAAUCAUUGGAUUCAAAAGACCACAUGCCCGAGUUUAUAAUGAGAUCAAAUUGGAGAAAAUACAAGAUUUUUGGAAUAAUGGAAGAAUUCCAUUGAAAGAAGGAGAUACUUUAAGUAUUGGAAAGAUGAAGAGGUAUGGAAUAGUUAGUGGUACUAUAAAGGAUGGGGUUAAAAUUUUAAGUAAUGGUAAAGAAAAUUUUAAAGUCCCAUUAAAUAUUGAAGCCAGUAAAGCCAGUAUACCAGCUAUUAGAACCAUAAAUAAGAAUGGAUUCAAGUAUACUUCUGUUUAUCAUAGUAAGUUAGGAUUGACAGCACAUAUAAAUCCUAAUAGAUUUUAUUUAAAGAAGGGAUAUUUACCAUUACAAGCCCGUCCAACCCAUAAAAGAGAUAUCAAAUAUUAUUCGAACCCAUUGAAAAAGGGUUACUUAUUAGAAGAUAGAUCGAUUUUAUUGGAUAGAUUAGAAAACUACCAAGUCAAGAGAGAAGUGCCAAAAUCAUCAUUAGAUUUACAAUUAGAACAAGCAUCAACCAAGAAAUUUAAUGAUUAUCAUCAAACCAAGGUAAUUAACAUGUCUGAUCUUUAA